AUUCUGUUUGCCCGAGGCUUGGUCAAGGUGCUCUUUUCGACCGAGACGUUUGCCAUGGGCGUCAACAUGCCCGCGCGCACGGUUGUGUUUAACGGCACGCGCAAGCACGACGGCAAGACGUUCCGAGACUUGCUGCCGGGCGAGUACACGCAGAUGGCGGGGCGUGCGGGUCGCCGUGGCCUCGACACGGUCGGCACCGUCAUCAUUGCGUGCUGGGGUGACGCGCCGGACGCGACGUCGCUCCGCACGAUGCUCAUGGGCACACCGACGAAGCUCGAGAGUCAAUUCCGGCUCACGUACAACAUGAUUCUCAACCUCCUCCGCGUCGAAGACAUGACGGUCGAGGACAUGAUCAAGCGGUCGUUCUCGGAAUUCCGCACGCAAAAGGCGCUGGCGGCCAAGGACAUUCCGUCGGCCAUCCAAAAAGCCAAAAAGGCGCUGCAUGCGCUCGAGGCGGACCUCAACGCAACGCACGGCGGCCACCUCGACUUGACCGAAGUCGAGCGCUUCUUCCUCCUCCAGCAGUCGACCAAGUACAAGGAGCAAGCGCUGGUGCACGCGAUUCUGAACUCGCGGUAUGCAGCGGCCGCGCUCUGCGUCGGUCGCGUCGUUGUGCUCUCGACGACCGGUCUGCCCGACCAGCUCGCCAUCCUCCUGCAAGUCGACAAGGCGGCGACGCGUACCGUGACAGUCCUCGCUCUGUGCCAUGCGUCCUUCACGCCACCAGCAGUCGUUGCGGCCAAGCCGAGCGCGAUGGAUUUCUUCAAGCCCAAGGCGCAAGCGAGUACGUCGACGGGCCUUGCGCCGGGUGCCAAGGGCUCGCUCUUGGGCAAGCACUAUGUCGUGCUCGACGUGCCGGAAACGUGCCUCAACAAGCUUACCAAGCACAAGGCAAGCCCGAACGUCCGGAGCCUCCUCGAGGCCAACGACCCGAGCGUGCUCUCGCGCGCCGUCGAGCUUCUCGUGGACCUCGAGGCGUCGCUGCCGCUUUUUCUGAGUCCGCAAACCGACCUCAAGAUGAUGGAGCUCGAGUCGGCCGACUUGUACAGCCAGGUGCAGCACCAGUACAGCGUCAUGGAAGCAAGCCCGUGCUUUGCAUCGCCCUUCCUCAUGCCCGUUCUCGCCCAGUACGCCAAGAUUGACCGCCUGCGCCACUACAUGGCGACGAUGACGGCCGCGCUCUCCAACCACUCGCUCUCGCUUUUUCCCGACUUUCAGCAGCGGCUUCGCGUGCUUACGCGCCUCGGAUACAUUGCCUCGGACAACACGGUGCAGGUCAAGGGCCGUGUCGCGUGCGAGGUCAACACGUGCGAAGAACUCGUGCUCACGGAAAUCAUUUUUGAAAACGUCCUCGCCGACCUCGAACCGGAAGAGAUUGUCGCGGUGCUCUCGGCGCUCAUUUUCCAAGAAAAGACCCAGAACCAACCGACGCUGACCCCGCGCUUGCUGCACGCGCAGAGCACGGUGCACGCGAUCGCAACCUCGCUUGGCGUCAUCCAGCUCGAGUGCCACCUCGAAAUCGACCCGACGGAAUUUGCCAAGACGACGCUCAACUUUGGCUUGAUGGAAGUCGUGUACGAGUGGAGCCGCGGUAUGCCGUUCAAGUCGAUUUGCGAGCUCACGGACGUGCCCGAGGGCUCGAUCGUGCGCUGCAUCACGCGUCUCGACGAAGUGUGCCGUGAAGUGCGCAACGCGGCGCGGGUGAUUGGCGAUCCGCGCUUGUACCGCAAGAUGGAAAUUGCGUCCGAGUCGAUCAAGCGCGACGUGGUGUUUGCGGGCAGUUUGUACCUGUCCUAGUCGGAUUUGUAUCAAGUUCGUAUCAAGUGCGACAACACGACGACUAGAUGGACGAGGAUGUUAAAUAGUUAUAAGACACGGAGAGCAUCGAC